CUUAUUUAUAACCUUACUAUCUUCAAUAUAUUUAUGACAAUAUCUUGUUCAUUUAAGGUCUGGUAUUAGUUUUACCACUUUGAUAUUUAAAAGAUGUCGGUUUCUACUGCUGAAGACGAUAAGCUGAAUAAAAUUUCAAAGAAAGUCUCCAAAAUUCUAGAUUCACGAAUUGAAAAUGAUAAAGAAGCAUUGACAGCUUUAAAAGAACUAUCAAACUAUUUUCCUGAAAAUAGUAUUCAAGCUAGAAGAAAUCUUCGUAGUACCAUUGAGAAAAGGAGUCUAGGCAUCAAUGAAGGUUUUUUAAAUGAGUUUAGGAAAAUAAAGGAAAAUUUGGACUUAAUAUAUGAAGAUGUUUAUCAGAUGAACCAGACAGUUCAAACUAUGUCUGCUCAUCUUCAUAAUACCAAAGCUCAAACACAUAAACUCAUUGAACAAACUACAAAACUACAGGCUGAAAGUACGAAACUUUCAUUACAAGAAGUGAUAUCCAAAACCUUUAUUAAAACAUUUCAACUUACCCCUGAAGAAGUGUCAACAUUACGUAACACAAGCAUUACAAAUGAAUUUUUUGCAGCUUUGGAAAGAGUUCAAACAAUACAUAGUAAUUGUAAGAUACUUAUGCAGAGUGGUCAUCAGACUCUGGCAUUAGAAAUUAUGGAUCAAAUGUCUUUAUAUCAGGAAGCAUCACUUGAAAGAUUAUAUAGGUGGGCUCAAUCUUACUGCAAGAAUAUUGAAUCACCAGGAACAAGCCAGCUUUUAACAAGAGCUAUAUCUAAGUUGCAAGAUCGGCCUAUGCUUUUUAAAUAUGUCAUUAGUGAAUAUUGUACCCAUCGCAGAAGCGUCCUUGUCAGAAUCUUCCUCGAUGCUCUCACUAAAGGUGGACCUGGAGGGACUCCCAAGCCGAUUGAAAUGUCAGCACAUGACCCACAGAGAUAUAUUUCAGAUAUGUUAGCUUUUCUCCAUCAAUCAAUUCCAGGAGAAAAUGAAAAUCUUCUCUCUUUUCUUAAAGACUGUGACAAAAUUGAUGUUACAGAAGAAAUUCAAGAGUCAUUGGCUAAUAUUUCUGAAGGUGUUGUUACUCCUUUACGUAUAAGAAUAGAACAUAUAGUUGCAUCUGAAAUUUCAUUGAAAACUCUUUACAGUAUUACCAAUUUACUCUGUUUUUAUCGGCAGACAUUUUCACAGGAAAUAUCUGAAACAAGUGGGCUUGUUAGAGGUCUGAGAGAAUUGGAAGAGGCAAGUGGCCAUACCCUAAUUGGAAAGUUGUCGAGUGUUGUUGGAAAAGAAGUUAUUGAACGAGUAGCAAUGCCACCUUCUGAUCUCAGUCCUUCCCCUGGAGUUGAAUCGUUACUCAACCUCCUUAAAGAAUUAUUGUCUGUUGCUCCAGUUUCAGAAUCUCAGCAUUAUUACCUUAACAAGAUAGUGGCAUCUGUUCUGGAUCCUUUAUUGCAAGCUGUCAAUAUUAGUGCUUCACGACUUGCAACAACUGAUAUGGCUGUUUAUUUGCUUAAUUGCCUUCACCUCAUUAUAUCUACUGUCUCACUAUAUGAGUUUGUAGAUGACAGAAUCGAAAGACUACAGGCCCAGUGUGAUGCUCAGAUUGACACGUUAACCUCUGAACAAGCUAGUUUUUUUGUAGCCAAUCUUAAUCUUGGACCAAUUUAUACAAUACUACAAGAUCAUGGCAAAGCAGGUCCUUUAUCACAAAUUCCUGGGAUGCAGCCUGCCUCGCUUCUCAAUUUUAUCAAUAAAUUUGACAAUUUUACUUCGAUGCCUGAACUUCUUCUUCUUCCUCAAGUUACAUGCCUUUUAAGUAGCAGCCAUCGGGCGACUGUUCAAAAACGUUCAAUUCAAGUCAUUAUUGCUAUCUAUACCCAACUGUAUGAUGCUGUCAAUGAUCCUUACAAUGGAUAUCCAGAUACUAUGAAUUUACAACCACCGAAAGAUGUUUCAGAAGUUCUUUUUGGUGCAAAAGGUGGUUCAUGAACAAAAUAGGACUUCAUGGAAGCCUUGAGCCAAUUAAAAAUUAAAAAAAAAAAAAUGAUAAUUGUUAUUUUCUUGAAAGUUUAU